AAAAAAGAAAAAAAAAAAAAAAAAAAGAGAAAAAAAAAACUAAACAAAACAAAAAGAAAGCAUCAACACUUAGCGAAAUAAGGACAGAGUCACAGAGAAGUACUCGCAGUAGACCGAUAGAGAGAGUGAGAGUGUGAAGAAGAUGUUGGCGACUUCAAGUGGCGGCGACUGCAACGGCCAUUCUACUUCAAUGGCGGCGCCGACGUCAGCGACGACGACUACGACGGCGGCGCCGGCAACUUAUCACAGAGAUUGGGUGAGGAAGGCUCGCCGUUUAUCACGCGACGCCUCUUCCGCCGACGGUGCCGCCAUUUCCGACGCACCUCCUUGUACUGACUUCGAUGUUGCCUACUUCCAGUCUUACUCUCAUCUCGGCAUUCACGAAGAGAUGAUUAAGGAUCAUGUGAGGACUAGCACUUAUCAGAAUGCAAUUUUGAAACAUCAACAUUUGAUUGCAGGCAAAGUUGUUGUGGAUGUCGGCUGUGGUACAGGCAUUCUAUCUAUAUUUUGUGCACAAGCUGGAGCUAAAAGGGUUUAUGCAGUGGACGCUAGUGACAUUGCGGUGCAGGCAAAUGAAGUCGUCAAUGCAAAUAAUCUGUCUGAUAUUGUUAAAGUAUUGCAUGGACGAGUGGAGGACGUGGAGAUUGAUGAAGAGGUUGAUAUUAUAAUAUCAGAAUGGAUGGGGUACAUGCUUCUAUAUGAGAGCAUGCUGGGAAGCGUGAUUACUGCUCGAGACCGUUGGCUGAAGCCUGGAGGUCUUAUACUUCCUUCACAUGCAACUCUAUAUAUGGCACCUGUUACAAAUCCUGAUCGAUACUCCCAGAGCAUUGAUUUUUGGCGUAAUGUAUACGGAAUUGAUAUGUCAGCUAUGGUGCCACUUGCUAAACAGUGUGCAUUUGAAGAGCCAAGUGUGGAGACUAUAUCUGGUGAGAAUGUCUUGACUUGGCCCCAUGUGGUAAAGCAUGUAGAUUGCUAUACCACUACAUUGACAGAAUUAGAAACUGUUGAGGCAAAGUUUAAAUUGCAGUCUAUGAUGCGAGCUCCACUUCAUGGCUUUGCAUUCUGGUUUGACGUUGAAUUUGGUGGACCUGCCAAUUUGCCAACCAACAAUGGUGCUUCCUCCAAUGAUAAUACUACCAACAAUAACUGUGAAAAUGACAGACAUAGAAAGAGAUCUACAAAUCCUAGCGAAGCACUUGUUUUAUCUACUGCCCCUGAGGGUCCACCAACACAUUGGCAACAGACGUUGAUUUACUUUUAUGAGCCAAUAGAAGUUGAGCAAGAUCAGCUCAUUGAAGGAUCUGUGACCCUAACGCAAAGCAAGGAAAACCGUCGGUUCAUGAAUAUUCAUCUUGAAUACACUUCUGGUGGCCGGAAAUUAGUUAAAGAAAGUGUUAUGCGCUGAGCUUCUCAUGAUUUGGAGUUCCAUGUAUUGGAGCAAGUUCACUGCCUGAUGUUGCUGGCUCAACCAUGACGACCAACAAUUGAUACACGUUACUGUAUUGUUGAAGGCAUAUCUAUCUGUAUCAGUUCUAUAUCCUACCACAGCUCUGAAAUAGUGAAAUGUAAGAUAAACAAACUAUAUGGGUCUAAGGGUAUGGAUCGCGGUGUUGCUAACAUCGAAUAUUUGAUGUGGACUUCACACCCUAUUCUUUUUUACAAUUCUCCCUCAAGGGUGUAGUUUUAUUAGAAAUAGUAAUUGUUACCAGGCAAUUCUUUGAAAACAGAGAGCUCUGUAUCAGAAUGUUAUUGCUAUACUAUAGCUGUCCUUUAGUAUUAAGUAGUUAAUUAUAUCUUGGAUGUCGCUUUAAUUCUCUUUUUUAAUUUACCCCUUUUGGUGUUUUUGUUCUAUGAUAAUGCAAUUGUGCAUAUAACAGUGACACUA